AACUCUUUCUAUAAAGCUUCUCACUAGCUAUUCAUACCUAAGAAAUUUAUUCAAACAACACUUCACAUGGCUUCCAACAACGACAACAUUAAAAUCCACAAACACCUCAAAGUUGUUCCUCCAUCAUCAUCAACCCAAACAACAGCAACAACAAUUCCUCUCACAUUUUUUGACAUAUUUUGGCUAAGGUUUCACCCAGUAGAGAGACUUUUCUUCUACACCCUCCCUAUUUCACUAUCACACCCCUCUUUCUUCUUUCAAAAACUUGUUCCAAUUCUCAAUUCUUCACUCUCUUUAACCCUCCAACAUUUUCUCCCUCUAGCUGGUAAAAUCAUCUGGCCUUCUGAUUCUUCAAAACCAUUCAUCCAAUUCAAUCCCAAUGAUGAUGAUCAUGGAGUUUCCUUACUCAUUGCAGAAUCUGAUUCCGAUUUCAAUCAUCUCAUUCAAAACUCACCCAAAGAAGCCUCUUUGUCUCGUUCUUUUAUACCGGUUUUGGAAUCAACCGAUGUCUUUUCUUCAAUAAUCUCCAUUCAAAUAACCCUUUUCCCAAGAAAUGGUUUUUCCAUCGGAAUAAGCACACACCAUGCCGUUCUAGAUGGAAAAUCUUCAACCAUGUUCAUAAAAGCUUGGGCUUAUCUUUGCAACAAAAUCAUCGAAACCGAAGAAUUAUCACCGAUAUUAUCACCGGAGUUCGAACCUUUACUCGAUAGAGAAAGCAUCAAAGACCGAGAUGGACUUGGUGAUACAUUCAUAAACAACUGGACCAAGAUGUUUCCAAAUGAAAAAGGAAGCGAAAGAAGCUUGAAGAUUCUCAUUCUCCCUUUUGAACCAAAACUCGAAGACUAUGUUCGAGCUACGUUCGAGCUCAAGCGCGAAGAUUUGAAUAAGAUAAAGGAAUCAGUGUUAUCCAAAUGGGAGAUAUUCGAUACAAAUGAAUCAAAGCCAAAGAGUAUAUCAUCGUUUGUUCUGACUUGUGCUUAUUCAGCCGUUUGUGUUGCAAAAGCGAUUCACAAAAUUCACGACGAGAAAGAGAAGUUUGUUUUUGGGUUAGCAGUAGAUUGUAGAGCAAGGUUAGAACCACCAAUGGCAAGUAACUAUUUUGGUAAUUGUGUUAGGAUGCAUUUGGUUGAUACAGAACCAUUGGAUUUCAUAGAUGAAAAUGGAGUGUUUUUGGUUGCAAAGUGUAUUCAUGAGAGCAUAAAAAUGAUAAUUGAAAAUGAUGUUCUUGAAGGAGUUAAAGAUGGGUUUGGUAAAUUGAACACUUUGAAGAAUGAAGGAUAUGAAAUUAUUGGAAUGGCAGGGUCUAAUAAAUUUGAAGUUUAUGAAAGUGAUUUUGGUUGGGGAAGGCCGGAAAAAGUGGAGAUAGUGUCGAUUGAUAGAGGUUUGACAAUUGGUUUAGCAGAGAGCAAAGAUGGAAGAGGUGGGAUUGAAGUUGGGAUUGUUCUUGAUAAACAUGUUAUGGAUGUUCUUAGCACUUUGUUUCUUGAAGGACUAAGUUUCGAUUGAUAUAAUGUAAAAGUAAAUAUAAAAGUUAUGUCUUAAGGAACAAGCCUUUUUAAGUUAUUACGCUAAAAGAACUACGAUCUCAAUAAGAAAGAUUCAUACAUUAGAAAAGGUGAGAGUAAGUCUUGGGAAGCGAGUAUGUUUCUUAUCGUCUCCGCAGGAAUUGAUUGUGUUUUAAAGAGCGUUCAAUAGGGUUUAUGUAUUUAAGUAUGACUUAUCAAAUACUGAUUGUUUGUGAAAGUUUGAAAUAACAGAAAGUAAAAUGACAAAAAAUAAAUUUAACUUUAGUGUUUAA